GUGAUAAAAAAUGACAAAUAAUCAAAGGAAAAAGGAGAAAAAAGGAACAAAAGUUUCAAAAGGAAAAGAAAAGGUUGAAUCUACAGAUGGAAAAGACAUUUCAAAAUAUUUCAGGAAAGUUCGAAUUAUAUACUCAGAUCCAUAUGCGACAGAUAAUUCAAGUGAUGAAGAUAAAGUUGAUAAUACUAAUAGCGUAAUGCCAACGGUUAAGAGAGUUACGAAAGAGAUUUUGAUUCCAAAGUUGGAAUCGAGUAGCAAACUAUACAUGAAAGAAGGAAACCGAAAAACUGUUUCUACAAGCAAGUACAGAGGUGUUCGACGUAGGAAAUGGGGAAGAUAUUCUUGUGAGAUUCGUGAUCCAUUUCUAAAGAAACGAGAGUGGCUUGGUACUUUUGAUACUGAAGAACAAGCUGCUUUAGUUUAUAAGAAAAAAAAAGAUGAGUUUGAGAAAAGAAAAGCUUUAUUGCAUUUGAAGAAUUUCAAACAAGGUUUGCUUCUUUUUUUGCUUAAUAUUGUCGAAGUUAAAAGCUAA